AUGCCGUUCAAGUUCCCGCAUGGUGCGACGAAGGUGUUCAACGUGCUGGCCCCGUUUGUGGUGGAGUUCAUAGGGACCUUUUUCCUGGUGACGGCCAUCGGCCUCAACUCGCUCCACCCCGCCGACCAGGGCUCACUGGCGCCCUUCGGCAUCGGCUUCACCCUCGUCGUGGUCGUCUUUGCCGGCGGCCACAUAUCCGCGGUCACACUGGCUGUGUGGCUGAGCCGGAGAGGGAAGAUCAGCGGCGUGGACGCCAUCAUCUACGCCAUCGUGCAGGUGCUCGCAGCCUUCGUCGCCGGCCUCUUCUACUGGUUCAUCAAGGACAACACCUUCGCCGUAAUGCCAGGCCCAGAGGGAGAAGGGCGUGCCCUGUUUAUGGAGGCGGUGUGGACGUUCCUCCUGGCCACGGUGGUGCUGCAGACGGCUACCACCGAGACCCAGGCCGGCAACUCCUUCUUCGGCCUCUCCAUCGGCAUGACCGUCGUUGCCGGAGCCAUCACCGCCGGCCCCAUUUCCGGUGGUGUGUUCAAUCCGGCCGUGGGCACGGGCAUCCUCACGGUGAACGCCCUCCACACGCGAGAGGCCGAGGACCUGAAGUACUUGUGGAUCUACUGGGUCGGGCCGCUUGUCGGCGGCCUGUUGGCCGGCAUCACCUUCUGGUUCACCAACAGGCGAGAGUUCCAUGAUGACCCGACCGUGGAGGUGGUCGACACGCACCUGUUCUCGGCGGACGUGCGGUCGAUCGCCGACGUGUCGGCGCAGAAGCGCGAGGGCGGCCGAAUCAUCAAGGGCAUGAUCAAGAAGGAGAUCACCCACCUGGGCGGCCACAUGUCGCCCGAUGAGACCGACCCCAUGAUCAACUACCACUGA